GAAUACGACAUCUUGGUGGUGGCAGCGGGUCUUCAGCAGAACUUCAAUGUGGUGCCAGGCCUGAAAGAGACCAUGGGGAAAAACAGUGUCGCAUCGAUUUACUCCCUGGACUACUCUCCGGUGGUUUGGCAGAACAUCCAAGCUCUGAACUCAGGCAAAGCCAUCUUCACCAACCCCUGCACCGCUGUGAACUGCGGUGGUGCACCGCAGAAAAUCGCCUACUUGGCAGAAGCAGAGUGGAGAAAACGAGGGGUGCGCGACAGCAUCGACAUCGAGUUCAUCACAGCCACUCCAGGCAUCUUCGCCUGCCCAGAGUAUCGUGUGGCGUUGGAGAAGCAGAUGGCAGCCAAAGGUAUCUCUCCAUCGGUGAAGACGAACCUGAUCGAAGUGGAUGGAGACAAAAAGAUUGCUGUCUUCGAGAAGGAAGGUGGAGAAAUUGUCACCAAGGAGUUCGACUUUCUGCACGUGACACCUCCGAUGAGCUCCCCUGACUUCGUGAAGAACAGCCCUUUAGCCAACGCCGUCGGCUUUGUCGAUGUGGAUAAGGAGACCUGUCAGCACAACAAGUACCCCAACGUCUUUGCGUUGGGCGAUUGCUCGUCUCUACCCACCUCCAAGACCUAUUCGGCGAUCUCGUCCCAGGCGCCAGUGGUGGUGAGCAACGUUCAAUCGCUCAUGGAGGAGAAAGAAGCCACACGGAUCUACGACGGCUACACCGCAUGUCCUGUGUUGCUGGGUGACAGCCAGUUGAUGCUGGCCGAGUUCAAUGGCUAUACGAUGGAGGCCAUUCCGACCUUUUGGCCAUUGGAUCAGACGAAGCCUAACGCCUUCUUCUAUUGGUUGAAGCGCUUCGUCUUUGAGCAUGUCUAUUGGCAUGCCAUGCCCAACGGCCGAUGGUAUGGAAAGUACAUGUUCUUUGAGCCUUGGGCCCAACACAAGGCGGAAUCUACUGAAACCAAGGCCACUGGGCCCACGCCCUCCGAGCAUGCAGCCCUCAAGGCGCAGGUGGCAGCGCCCAGCACAGGCACAUCUCAAGCAUCUAGCUCAUCAUCAAGCGACAGU